UCAUUAAAACCGAUACUUUUUAUUGGCUGCGUUGGGGUUUACAACCAAGGGGGCCGCCACUAUUUAUCAGUGGUUGCAUGCAAUUGGGAGUUGCUCACUGUUCAUCAGUGCCACCUCAGGAUGUUCAAGUUAGUGCUGCCACUGCUGUUCCUGGCACUGUCAGGACUGCAAGCUCUCCCAAUUGCACCUAUGAGAGAUUUGCCAAAGGAGUCAUCUACUUCCGUUCUCUCGGAAGACUCCAACAGCAUCAAACUCCUUCCUGAAGGUUUCCAACAAGGCACCGAGCCCUCCAAGAGGUUCUUUGACACCGGAUUGGUUCAAGACCACAUUGGUGAGAUGAGCAGGAGGACAGGUUUCAUCCACAAUCUUGUUGAAAAUGGUCUGGGAGAAAUAGAAACAAAACAUUGGUUGGCAGACGAGGUCCCUAUUGAUGUACCAGCCCAGAAGAAUGGAGACGGUUGGGUUCGGGUUGAGGAACCCUCUUCAUCUCAACUGCCAGAUGGUUUCAGACAGGGAACCGAACCUUUCAUGCCGAUCCCCGAUGGUUUCAGACAGGGAACGGAACCGUCUUUGUCGAUCCCAGAUGGUUUCAGACAGGGAACCGAACCUUUCAUGUCGAUCCCAGAUGGUUUCAGACAGGGAACCGAACCUUUCAUGUCGAUCCCAGAUGGUUUCAGACAGGGAACCGAACCUUUCAUGUCGAUCCCAGAUGGUUUCAGACAGGGAACAGAACCAUCUUUGUCGAUCCCAGAUGGUUUCAGACAGGGAACCGAACCUUUCAUGUCGAUCCCAGAUGGUUUCAGACAGGGAACCGAACCGUCUUUGUCGAUCCCAGAUGGUUUCAGACAGGGAACCGAACCUUUCAUGUCGAUCCCAGAUGGUUUCAGACAGGGAACCGAACCAUUCAUGUCGAUCCCAGAUGGUUUCAGACAGGGAACCGAACCUACAAUCGUUAGCCACAGCAGGAGCUUUAAACAGGACGCCGAGUCCUUUGUUUCCAUCCCAGACGGUUUCAGACAGGGAACUGAACCUUUUAUGCCAAUCCCAGACGGUUUCAGACAAGGAACAGAACCCGUUGUUUCGAUACCACACGGUUUCAGACAGGGAACCGAGCCAACUAAGUACAUCCCGCGUGGGUUUAGACAGGGAACGGAACCAUCUCUUCAUAUCCCAGUUGGUUUUAGGCAGGGAACAGAACCAUCGAUUAAAAACAAAGAGGGACAGGUCCGCUCCAGUUCCAGGCUCCAAACACAGGCAUGUAAAGGGGAGGUUGUGAAUGGAAACUGCUAUGAGUUCAACCCAACACCAUUAACCUUCAAAGAAGCACAGGAUUUAUGUCAAACUCUCAACCCACAAGCCGAGCUUGCAUCUGUAACAAGCGGAGACCUUCAUUCCCGCCUGGUUUCUAUGGUUACCAAGGGUGGUCAAAUCAGCCCACAGUUGACGUGGCUGGGGGCCGUGGUCAAGAACCAGCAGGGCUCUUGGGUUGAUGGGUCAGAGUAGGGCUACAGUGACUGGAUGCCGGGUCAGCCCAACAUUCACACCAACAAGCCAGUCUGUGUGGAGAUGUUUAAGAUAGAUGAAAGCUGGUGGACAGCUGCCGACUGCGACCUGAAGAGAGCAUCAAUCUGCUCAUAUCCAGUCGCGCCGUAAAAAAAACCCACCCCCACAUCUAACGAUUAAAACCAUAAUUGCAUCAUGCAUGUGUCUUGUCACUGUUGUUUACAAGGUUUCAAACACACCAC